GGAAAGGAAAAAUUCGAUGGCUGAGAUCCACGCUAUCUGUGCGCUAUUGAAUGGUAGCUCGGAGUGACGAUGGAUGCGCUCCCCCGCGCGCAUAUAACGCCACAACAUGUGGCUUUUGAGCAUGCUCGAAAUUAUGGGUUUAAUCCAAGUAGGUAUUUGGUCUGACCUUGUCUCUCUGGGUCACAGAGUAUCACCAUGCAGCGGAUCCGAAAUUUCUCUGCGACGGCCUGUCCACAUGUGAUAGGUCUUGCCACUUGGUGCUGUAUUCAUGGAUAAGAUCAUCGUGCAACCACCGACCAGUUUGUCUGGGCUUGGCGGAGAUCCGUUCCACGAGGCUCGAAUAAGACUUGCUACCAGGGUUUUCAAUUUCUUGCGAGAAUGUUUGGGUAUGCUCCAGGUGUAUUACUCCACAAUAUGGCCCGCAGCAACAGAAUGCGGUACACUAAGCCGGCUCGCCAGGGACGCGAAACGAAGUUCACUGCAGUUCGCGAGCACGAUCCUAUCCGGCUCGCUUCUUGUGCUGUUCAGCAAAUUGUCGCUUGUCCAAUUAUGCUGGGUCGGUGCCUCGUAGCUCUGGUCUCAUCCACUUGACGUUCGGGCAUACUGUAGCGCUGAACGAAUGAACCACGGUCCACCCUUUCAUCUACCAUCUGUAGACCUUGAGCACCAAAGAGGCAUCCUCUGUGCUCAGUUGAGCGUUAAUCUAGCAUCUGAUUCCUCCCCAGGGGGCUGCGUUCCCAGAGACACGUUCCGGAUUGUUCAAUGAUUCUAAUUUAGCGGAAAAUUUGGCUCGAGAAAACGAGCGAGACUCGUCGGGCGACUUAGUUGUAAAGGGCAUUAGUGCCAGCAUGCAAAUCUCUCUGUGUUGUUGACAACGAGAUGUAGGUCGGAAACAGUUCGGCAUGCUCGUAUGUG